AUGAAGGAUCUGCUCACCUCCCGGAACCAAGGCUACUGGCAGGAGCGCAUCAGGAAGGAGGCUGCCGCUCGAGUCGCCUGGAAGAUCAACUAUGGCCACAAGUACCCCAAGGAAGGACCCCUGCGCAGGAAGAGGCCCCAGCCGGCUGCAUUCAGCUCAGGCCUGGGAGUAGGGUCCUUGCCUGUCACCAGCUCCCCUGACAGAAGGACUGGACUGCCAGAGACCAGGAGACUCAGGGAUCAGCCAUCCAGGAAAGUAGGUGUCCAGGGCCCUCAGUCCAGGGGAGACAGAGCCUGGGAGGUCCAAAGAGCAAUUCCGGGGCCAGCAGACCAGACUAGACCGGCGGGCUUAGAAAUGAGGCAGGUGCCUCCGAGCACCCUGCAGCUGCUCUUCCAAGGCAUCUCCCAUGACGGCCAAGGCCGGGCCUUGUACCUCCAGGAGCGGCAUCGGCAGAAGCCGGAGGAGAAGUUUCAGUACCCAGUCUUGUCAUCCUGGGAGUACGGCUGGCACCUGGGGGAUGCCAUCAAGGACACCAAGCCUUCAGUGCAUGCCAGGUCCCAAUCCAUCACACAGACCUUUUACACCAAAAAUAGUGUCUUCCAUUUUCCACGGCGAACAGACCAGCUAAUGUGA